AUGCUCCUCUCUGGUAGCGCUAGCGUCUCUGACGUGCUCAGGUCUUCUCCUCUGUUGGCUUCGAUUGAUCCGAUAUUCUGCUCUGUGACCAUCUCGCGGGAAAUUCAUCGAGGGAACUAUGCUCGGGUCUGGCGUGGCACCCUCAGCGACGGCUCCCCACUGGUAGUCAAGAUGUAUCCGCGACGGCAUUUUGAUGUGAUGAAAAAGGAGCUCAAGGCCUACCAGUACCUUCAAAGUCGUCAACUAUUCGAUGUCGCCCCUGCCUAUUACGGCACAUUUACCAUGCCUGAUCAAUAUUGGGCAGCCAUGAUCAUGGCCGAUGGUGGAGAGAGCGUGGGUUGUUCGUGGAAAGAUGCAGGUUUGAAUCCACGUGAGCUGAAGGUUAUCUGGAAUCACUGCAAAGCCCUUCACUCUAUUGGCAUGGUCCAUCAUGACCUCCAGCCUAGGAAUAUCACGAGAGAUGGAAAUGGGGCUCUCCGUAUCAUUGACUUUGAGAGUGCGGCCUACGGCCAUUCUUGCGAUCUUAUGUCUUGUAUGGAACUCGCCCGUAAAUUUGACUCUUUUGCGGAUGGCUGGCGCCAGUGA